CAGUACUGAACAUAUCAUACAAGCUUAAGAUCUUCGAUGUCUCAAGACAGGACACUCCCACGAUAUCUCUACCGAGUGUUUGAUGAGGAGACUUAUUCCAAAUUCAGUCAUACCUCGGGCUUUGUGGCCAGCAUAUCGAAUGCUGUCUACUACCGCAACCAUCCAAAUGCCCGCCGUCAAUUAGAAUUGCAUAUGGAUUGGAGCAAUCGACGUCGAACUCCCUUUUUAUCUGUGACGGCCUCACGUGAAAAGGCCCUCGAAUAUGCUUUGAAUAAGGUGAAGAUGGGGAGGCGCAUUGUUUCGAUUGCCAAGAUCGACAGCUCGCAGCUCAAAAGAGCAGGCAUCAAUAUUUAUUGGAUGCGCGAACUUGCUGAACAAACUGGCGCAUAUCUCAGACCUGAAGCGAUGAACGACCAUGAAUAUCUGUGUAUUCGCAACAUUCCAGCCCACGCUGUUAUUCAGUGCCUUACACUUGAUGAUGGACUAAGGCCCAUCAGUCGGCGUAGAUUUUAACAACUUGUACAAUAUGUGCCUGAUGGUGACAUGAUUCCAUUAUAUGUCCUGGGUUUGUUCCUGUAUUUAUGUACACAACUUCGUAGUCCCCGAUACUACUUACCAUCUUGACGAUAUUUCGAGUCGCAGUCCAAUUGGUGUAACUAGAUACUUACCUCUGUGAUUACAGGUAUUUAUUUGAUAGUAAGGGUCCGAUCAUGCGUCGAUGAAGUCCAGCCUAUCACGCUGAUAGGCCCUUCCAUACCCAUA